CAGAUGGCCUGGGAGGUGGCCCCCUCAAGGAUGACCGUGUUAGCACCAUGGGAUCCCAACGACAAGGCUAAAGCGGGACCCCGGCUGGUGUGGGGGCCCAGCUGUGCACCUGGCACCUCCUUCUCAGGCCGGACCUUGUGUCAUCCCUCAUUGUGGCCACUGUAUGAGGCAGCCUCAGGCCGGGACCUCAGGUCCCUGGCCCCUGCAAUAGGACAUCAGAAUGGAGAGCAUGAGCCCAAGGAUGCAGGGUUCCCAGUGAUGUGCUGUGAAGAUGUCUUUGUUUCAGACCCUCUGCUGCCAUGUGGGCAGCGUAUUCCCCUGUAUCUGUCUGAGGCCUCUCAACAGGUGAUGGGCUCUCUGAAGCUGCUGCUCCCACCUCCUAUCAUGUCUCCCUGGGUCCUCCGCACCCCAUCCCCUCGCUGCCCUACUGCCUGGCUCAGUGGGCCUGAGCUCAUCGCCCUGACUGGCCUCCUGCAGAUGAGCCAGGGGCCUCCUAGACCUGUGGCUUUGGAGGCUCCCACACCCCCUGCUGGCCCCCCAGACCCUGUAUCUGGUCACCCAGACCCCAGUGGUGGCCCCAGCUGUUCUCACUGCACUGACCCAUCUGCCCCUCAAACUCCAGACACACAUUGA